AUGGCGUCGAUAGUUUACACAUGCAUGUACAUCAUUGUGGUUGAAUUGUCCUGCUUUCACGGAGCACAAGGACAGAUUGUUGUCAGUGGACCUGAUUGGACAGACACUGGACAGGAUGCUGUCUUCACAUGCAUCUCUACUGAAACUGUUCGCCUAGUACAGUGGUCCAAAGCCAACUUUAAUGAAUCGGCUAAUAGUGCAAUUCUACUCAUAGGGUUGACUGUUUCCAAUGGCAUUGUGGUAAAUAGCAAUAACUCCAAAUACGGGUUUGAUAAGGACGCCCUAGGUUAUCCAUUGACCGUUAAGGCCGUCACAUCUGAUGACCAAGGAGCCUACUGGUGUUUAAUUAACACUCUUGAAACUGGAUACUUCAGGAAUUCUGUUGAGAUGCGAGUAAGAGGUCCUCCUGAUGCCCCUGUGAUCACUUUAAGUUCUCCAAUGAUUGAAGAUGCUCCAACUACACUGACGUGUACAGCAGACAUGGGAUAUCCUGAUAGCUUGAAUCUGGUUUGGUCCAAUGGAGGCUCACCUAUAACUGGUACCAAUACGAGCUCGUCUGCAUCAGGUGAUCGCUAUAGCUUCACCAGCACGCUGGACUACACACCAAUGAGACAGGAUAAUGGAAACAUCAUCACAUGUGUAGCACAGAGAGAUUCAGGAAUGCGUAGUAGUGAAGGGAGGCUGGGUCCCAUUGACGUACAAUUUUGUGCUGAAGCAGUAAGCGUCAGUUGUCCAUCAAGUACAGCAUCAGGUAGCAUCGUGCAACUAUCGUGUAAUUCAGGCAGCAGCAACCCAGCAACCUCACUUGUUUGGUCCAAGAACGACGUGGACCAGUCUAACCCAAGCCAACCAGUAUUUACCGAUGGAGACUACGGUGGCCGAGAGACAACACUCAGGUUGACAACAGGGGCACUGACCAAGACAGACAACAGAGCUGUGUACAAAUGCUGCGUGAUGACGUCGUCGCUAUGCACUAUGUAUAUAUGCGACUCGUGUUCGUUGAAUGUUGAAUACCGCCCGGAGUUUUCUUUGCCAACACUUAUGCCAACCGGUCCUAUCGUAAAGGGCGGCAGCAUAGUACUGUCCUGCAGCGCAGAGGCCAAUCCUCAGCCCCCUGAUUUCAUCACAUGGGAAAAGGUCGGGUCUCCUGACUCCCUAACCUCUGUCUACACCGAUGGAACAAGCACCCUGACACUAAGCAGCAUCAGCAGGGACCAGGCUGGGUCCUACAGGUGUCGCGGAAACAAUGGUGUACCACCUGUUGUCUUUUCAGGCUCUGUUGACGUCAUUGUACACUAUGAAGUGAGCAUCCUAAAUAAGGUCGACACAUCAGUGGGGGCAAAAGAUGGUUACGAUGCUACCCUUGUAUGUGAAGGCAAGGGUAAUCCCCUCCCUCGAAUGACAUGGUUGCGUCCAGACGGUGUGGAGUUAACUAAUGAGACCGACCCUGGCAGGAUAUUUCAGGUCGAUACCACCCCUGAGGGGGAUGAUGUAUUUGGAUUCACCAUCAGGAGUACCUUGCACAUCAAUGAAGUGACUGGGACUGGAGACUAUGGGUCUUACACUUGCAACAGCGGUAAUGGAAUAGGAAUGGUUGACACACUGACCAUUGUGUUGAACGACAAAGUCACACCGUUGCCACCAGAAGAUGUGUCCGUCGACCAGGGUACAGUCACAGCGAGAUCUGUCGCAAUAACAUGGCGUCCUGGCAUCGACGUCGGCGAACCUCAGUGGUUUUAUGUCAACAUCCGGGAAGUUGACACAACGACAGGGUUUGAUCCUAACACUCGGGUGAGAAUCACCGAUGGCGUCGUGAUGCACGUGAUUGAGAGUUUGAGUCCGUACACCAAGUAUGAGAUCGAGGUUUAUGCUGAGAAUGCUAACGGCGUGAGCCAAAACGUCAGAAGGACUGUGACAACUCUACCUGAUACGCCAGAAAAGUUAGAUAUCUCUGUGACAACAAAUCAAGAGACUGGAAUCAUCUCAGUUGAUGGCAUUCCUCAAGAUGGCGACACCCUGUCGUGUUUGCGGCUUGAAGCACGUCUAACCAAUCAAGAUGAUUGGUUUGACUAUGGCGAGUGUCUUGAGUCAAAUACAGACUUGGCUCUACGCGAGGCUCGAUCUAGAUACUGCUAUGGGGACUUGUGUAGUCAGGCGACUACUGCAAUAACAGUUGCAGGACAGUCAAGUAAUGCAGGAUUGAUCGCAGGCAUUGCGAUUCUGGCCAUCAUUUUAUUAAUCAGCGUUGCACUGAAUGCUGUGGUAAUCAUGUACAUCAAAAGAAGAGGACCACAACCAGAAACCAAGAAACGUAUUUCAAUACCGAAAUUCAAGCCAGAACACAAAGGAGGUGUCACCAACGAAGCAGUGGAAUACCAAGACUUGGACGUACCCCUACAAAUCCUGGCCGUAGGCGGGAGCCCCAACCCAGCUGCGUCGACUUACGCCAGCAUUUCUGAAACUCUCGCGGAGUUCUCGCGAGAAAAGCUGACGAUCGUUCGUGAACUUGGACAGGGCGCCUUCGGGAAGGUUUUACUUGGGAAUGCAAACGGUAUCGUCCAGCAGGGAACUGUAACGCAAGUUGCUAUCAAAACUCUAAGAGACGACGCAGAUAUCACGGAGAGAGGCGAUCUGCUCCGGGAAUUGGACUUCAUGAAAAAGCUUCCGAGUCACUCUAAUGUCGUCAAACUCCUCGGAUUCUGCAUUGACAGAGAUCCAAUUUAUAUCAUCAUGGAGUACAUGUCUAAAGGUCAACUCAAGGAACUCUUGACGAGUAGUCGAGGCAAAGGCAAGUUGCAGGUGUAUAGCAACCUGCACGGUAGAAGCAAAUCUCUGACGUCUAAGGACCUCAUCAAGUUCGCUACAGACGUUGCUGAUGGAAUGGCAUUCCUGGCUUCACAGCAGUGCAUUCACAGAGAUCUGGCCGCUCGUAAUGUCCUUGUGGGUGAGAACAUGAUUUGUAAGGUGUCAGAUUUCGGACUCGCUCGUGACGUCAAGAACAUGAGAGUGUACCAACGGAAGUCCGAGGCUCGCUUACCUGUUCGUUGGAUGGCACUGGAAUCGGUUGUUGAUGACGUGUACACAACAGAGAGUGACGUAUGGUCUUAUGGCAUACUUCUGUGGGAGAUUGUUACUCUAGGUGCUCGUCCUUAUCCCACCAUGAGCUUCAAGACAAUGAUUAGCAAGCUGCAGGAAGGAUACCGCAUGCCGAGACCAGAACAUUGCCAAGAUGAACUUCACCAAUUGAUGCUGGCUUGUUGGGAGGAGGAGCCCACAGCACGACCGUCGUUCACUGAGAUCGGUAGGAAACUUGAAAAAUUGCUGGAGGGAGCGCAUGAUUACAUAACUCUGUCAGACUACCAAGAAUUUGACUACGAAGUGACGAUUCCCGAUUCACCUGAUGAGAAGAUCUGAAACACUGAAGAUCAUACUUUACAGGGGAAAACAGCGAUAACAACUAGAAUAGUAUUAUCAAACUUGCUACUAUUACAUAAUAACGCAGAAACUAUAAUCCCAACGGCAGUUUUACUUGUACAAAUGUAUGCCAUUAAUGGCCCAACACAAUCAAAAUGCUCAAUCAUGGCGCGUUAUUUUGCAGUGUAUCACGAGGUGUCCGAUUUUUCAUACUAUCGCACCAUUGUUAGUCUAUGAUGUUGGUUUUUUAAUCUUGUGAGGGCGCACUUUUAUGAAACAGGAUGAAAAAUAAUACCGUUUUGAUUAACAACCGAUAGUUUUUGUGAUGAAGACUAGUACCAUCGUACCACUGUAGGUAUAGAAGAGCCUAUUACUUAGUAACUUUAAUUAUCCUAUAUUGAGAACAAUUCCUUAAACUAUUCUUUAAUAACGAUGAUUGUUCCCGAAGUGUUUAAGAGUUGCUUGUAUUACGGCCGCUAUGGGUAAUGUAUUUAUCCUUUUAUGUACAGAAGGGGAAACCAUAUGUAACAACAAUGCUUGCUCAUCCGAUGAA